UAUAAUUUGCAUUUGGAAAUGGGUACAAACCCAAAUCCAUGUGUUAAAAACACAACUCAACCCAAGUAAAUGGUAUGGGUACAAACUCAUCAAACUCUACCUAUCUACCAUCUAUUUGGAUUUCAUACCCAAUCCAAUUGGAUUAGAUAGUAAAAUACGCCAUCGACCAAAGAGAGUUUAUGGCCAAUGAAAUUCAAAGCUUUAACGAGGGGUGGAGUUCGGUUAUCAGUUAAACCGAACCACCUCCCCAAUCUACCGACCACCGACCAAAAAGAGGCCUUAAGGCUUUGGUAAUCUCGAUUUUCGGUUAACCGAGCUGCCCUCAAGACCAAAAGCAACUAGCCGAUCCCUCCGAAUACCGAUCGGUUUUCGGUUAUCUCGAUUUUCGAUUAAUGAAUAAUCGACCGAUUUCGGUUGUAACUGGACGGCUAACGCUAACCGCUAACCGAUUGUCGAGCCCUAGCUUUAACCAUUCGGGAUAGAUAACCAAUCAAAAGGGAGAAGCCAAAAUGGGAAGGAAAAUUCACCAACAAAAGAUUGGGUGGGAAAGCACAAGGCCUGAAGGCCAGGCUAGAAGAGUAGAAGUGGUUGGUUUCCCAAAAAGAGUAAACAGGUGCCUGGUUGAGCUGAACUGCAGAGAGAGAUGACCAAGGACGUCAACUCAGCCACCGCCGGCGACGGCUUAACGGCCGCGGAAACAAUCGCGAGGAACAUUCCUCUUCAAUACGUCAAUACGGUAAAAAGAUUCUUCACAAACCUCGGAGUCUCCGAUCCUGCCGUCGAGAAGUACACAUCCACCACCGACUCCUACUCCGAUAUCAUCCGCGGCCUGCUCAACGUCCACGCCGUCGAACGCGGCCGGAUCUCUUGCUCCUUCUCCGUCCUCCCCGUCGUAGCUAAUUUCUACAAAGGACUGCACGGAGGGGCCGUCGCGGCAGUGGCGGAGAGAGUGUCGAUUGCCUGUGCAAGAACCCUAGUGCCGGAGGAGAAGGAGCUGUUUCUAGGCGAAUUGGGCAUUUCUUACCUCUCCGCCGCCCCUCAAAAUGAGACGGUGACGGUUGACGCGUCGGUGGUGAGGAGCGGAAGAAACUUGACGGUGGUUUCGAUGGAGUUCCGACAGAAGAAAACUGGGAAGCUCAUGUUCACUGCUCGGGCUACUUUCUAUCACCUGCCUGCCUCCAAGUUAUGAAACCGGAAACAGAAGACGGACGCACGCAAGAAAGAAAACGCGGACCCGUUUGCUCCCAUUUCAUAACUCACAAUUCGCCUCAUCACUAGAUGAGUUCUUUUGGAACACCAUUUUUGGAAGAUUACAAGAUGAUGGUCCUGUGAUGUGUAAUGGUGUUCUUAUACAGACAGAAAGACAAAUUGC